AUGUCCAGCGUCAGAGCAAAUGAACGCAAUCGAGAAGAAUAUACCCGUAUCUGCGAAAUCUUCAUCAAGGCAACCAGAGGCUACCAAAAGUCUGCCAUUGGCAAAGAAAUCGCAGUAAGAGUGAAAGACAGCAGCAUUAAUAAUUCCGAGCCCUGGAGGGAGCUCCAGCAUUGCCUUGGCCGGCUUGGAUCGUACGGCGAAGCAGUUCGCAUCCUUACUUCGGCGUCGACAAGGUGGCCGGAGCUGUUCCAAGAUUUCAUUGUCACAGCUGUUCCUUCCAGUGUGCCGCACGCGAAGCCUCUGGUCAAGUCAAAGCUCACAGCUGCGCAAGUCAUCGGCCGAAUGCUGCGACAUCAGGACGCACCACCGUACCUGGAUCAGGUGGCCGAACUGCAAAAGUUCGGCCUGGAUAAGCUUAUUCAGCAGCAGGUCGCGAUGUCAACCUUCAAGCCUAUUGUUCAUGCCGAGGUAUUGGUCCAUAAUUACCUACUCAAACGAGACAUCAAGUUAGCCAGCCAGUACUGGCACGGCUGGAAAACCAUCGGUGGUAGUAAGCCAACAUGCCGACUUUGCAAUUACUACUUCAUCUCGCAUCCGGAUCGACUCGACCAGGUCCGCGAUUCGCACCGAAAUCUCUACCCCAGUUGGAGGCUUCCCGAUGUUUUCGAAAGUGAAGGAACCAGGGCGAACAAAGCAAGGUUGGAUCUACUUGAUGGCAUUAUUGCGAGGGUCCGCGACGACACCAAAAUGACGCUGUUGGAGAAGGUCCCGCUAGGAAAGAAGCACGAUUCCAACACGUUUUCUACAGUGCCAGAGUACCUAGACUCGAGGUCCCAGAGCUCACUGCCAGGUAGCGAGACGUUGUCAGUCAUUGCUCAAGUUAGCAUGGCCAUGAGCAGGAUGCAAGUCAGCAGAGAAGUCACAAAAGAAGUGGAAAGUGAAGACGAUGAGAGUAUUGCUGCGAGUGAGAGUGCAUAUCACAGCGAUGGUGAGGUCGGUGGUGCCACACUUGUCUGGCACUAA